CCCCGGCCCUGCGCCGGCCCGCCGCCUGUCAGCGGCCGGGCGGAGGCGAUCGGGCGGACCCGGCCUCCCCGGGCGCUUCUCCCCGGCCCGCAAGUUGCUCUUGGAGAAGCGUGUCCUGCCCGGUGUCGCUGCUCUUAAUUAAUACUGUUGUCGACUUACUUUUUCUUUGCGCUGGCGUUGCCGCUCAGGGACCUGCAGUUUCGGGGUGUAACUGUUUCCUGUAGAAAUCUGACCGAGACUGGUGACUCGCGUAUCCCCGCAGGAUUCGGUGCUCCCAUCCCUCCCCUUCACCCGGCUGAGCUGGAGCCCUUCGCCGCUGCACUUCACAGCCUGGCACCUUAAUGGAAACAGCAGUUGAUCGUGGCCCGAGAUAUUUGUGGGGUUAAAAGAUUUGAACUGCAGCUGAAUAAAACAAGGGCUGAGAAGUGAAGGAUGGCAGCAAAUCCUUCAGGACAAGGUUUCCAGAAUAAAAAUAGGGUUGCAAUCCUGGCAGAACUAGACAAGGAGAAGAGAAAGUUACUUAUGCAAAACCAGUCUUCCACAAAUCACCCUGGAGCCAGCAUUGCACUUGCAAGAUCACCGCUGAACAAGGAUUUCCGUGAUCACGCUGAGCAACAGCACAUUGCAGCACAACAGAAGGCUGCACUGCAGCAUGCACAUGCACAUUCCUCAGGAUACUUCAUAACUCAAGACUCUGCAUUUGGAAAUCUUAUUCUUCCUGUGUUACCUCGACUUGAGGCAGAAUGAGGAAUGUUGUUUCUCAGAACUGCAAGGUCUGAUUUUUAUCCAUAGCAGGAACUGUCUGACCUUUUAAUUUCUUUUCUUAUCUUAAAACCCAUUUUAUUCUGGAUUUUUGUGGUUGCUCUUUGAGAGUGUGAGCUAUAACAAUGAAAAAGCAAUGUUGCUGAACAGCAAUUUUUAUCCUGUAUUUCCAUUCUUCUGUCAGGUCAAAGUCAGACUUAAGACUUCCUUGGUGCAUAGCGCUUGCUCUUCCCUGUUUCUGUGCUUCCUUUAAAUAAAUGUCCAAACCAGAGUCAUCAAGAGAUGCACACUCUGUCAGCAUUUGUGUUUCUUUUUAUUGUGUACAUGUACUAUAUUUGACUUUAAUGAAAGACAAAAGUUACUUUUGUCCAUCAAAACAAGACACAAAUUUAUCAAAAGCAUCAGUCAGUCUGUUUUUUUCCUUUCCCCCUCCCCGUAUGCAGGAACAUGGCUAGUGUACUGUUUGCUGUUGUAGUCUCAUCUGGUCUCAAGUCCUUAGAUAUAGUGUGCCUGCCUCUUACUUUGUUUUGUGAAAUAUGAAAAUGAAUUAAAGUGGGGAAAAAGUAA